UUGUAACUCUCCAAGCAAUCAAGUCCACAAACAAGCUUCCUUAAUUCCAAAACCAUCAGCUUCCCCCCAAAUCGAUUACAUCAAGCAUGUUUUCCUUUACAAGCAUUCCUUCAACAACAUCAGUUCUAUCAACAUAUACUUCCUUCGCUGCAUCCGCAAUGCUGCUCCGGACAGUGAUCAGUGAGGUCCAGACCAUGACCACUCAGCUCAUACCUCAACAACUCCAAGAAAAAUUAUCUUCCAAGCUUGGAGGCCUAUUCGUUAAUAAUUUCUCUUCCCAAAUUACUCUCAUCAUUGAUGAACACAAUGGGCUUUCCAUCAAUGAAAUUUACCAGGCUUCUGACAUCUAUUUAAGCACAAUAAUCACCCCCUCAGUCAAACACCUCAAGGUUUCCAAGGCCCCGCGUGAGAAGAACCUCUCCAUCACGAUCGACAAAGGAGAAAAGAUUAUUGAUGUAUUCGAGGGAAUACGUUUAAUUUGGGAAUUCAUUUCUACUGAAAAACAGAAAUCAUAUUUUGACUAUUAAACCUCUCUCCACUCAACAGAAACAUCUGAACAAAGAUCAAUUCAUCUCAGUUUCCACAAGAAAUACAAGGAGAUUGUGCUCAGUACUUACCUGCCAUAUGUGGUAGACAGAUCAAAGGCCAUAAAAGAAGAAAACAAGGUGGUGAAACUUUAUUCACUUGGAAACUGCUAUCAAGAUGUCAAUCUUGACCACCCAUCCACUUUUGACACACUGGCAAUGGAUCCAAAGCUCAAGAAAGAGUUGAUGGAUGACUUGGAUAGAUUUCUGAAGAGAAGAGAGUUCUAUAGGAGAGUAGGGAAGGCAUGGAAACGUGGGUAUCUUUUGUAUGGCCCUCCUGGUACAGGUAAGUCAAGCUUGAUAGCAGCAAUGGCUAAUUACUUGAAAUUUGACAUCUAUGAUUUGGAGCUUUCGAAUCUACAUAGCAAUGCAGACCUCAGGAGGCUGAUAGCCUCUACUGCAAAUAGAUCUAUUCUUGUAAUUGAGGAUAUUGAUUGUACCAUUGAUCUGCAAGAUAGGCAACAUGGAGGAUACAAUAAAAGUGACAACCAGUUGACAUUAUCCGGAUUGCUAAAUUUUAUCGAUGGGCUAUGGACAAGCUGUGGGGACGAGAGGAUAAUUGUCUUCACAACCAACCACAAAGACAGACUGGACCCUGCAUUGUUGAGACCAGGCCGCAUGGACAUGCACAUCCACAUGUCCUAUUGCACUCCAAGCGGGUUCAAGAUCCUUGCUUCCAAUUACCUAAGAAUUGAAAGCCACUGCCUUUUCACUGAAAUAGAAGGACUCAUUAAAGAGGUGGAGGUCACCCCAGCAGAGGUUGCAGAAGAGCUUAUGAAAAGUGAAGACCCCGAUAUUGCCCUUGCAGGACUGGUUGCAUUCCUCCAACAGAAGAAGAAGCAGAUGAAAUGUUCUGAAGAAUCCAAAUCUGAAGUAGAAAAGGUCAAUGAACAAAGUAAACAAAGCCCGGGGAAGAAGAAAGUCAAGGAAAGCAAGAGGAAGAAAGCUAGAGGUGGUAAAAGCAGGCGAUGAAAGGGCAUAGUCUGCAUGAUUUAUACCAUCUCUCACGAGCCUAUGCCAACAUACUAGUAUUUUAAUGAAGGAAAUAAUCAAAUUUUAUAAUAUGAAUCAAGUUUUUGUUUUAGCAAGUUGUCCUCAAAAUUAGUCCUACAUAGGAAGCACCCAUAUUUCCAAGCAACAAAGGGUAUCCGUUGCUUUCAAUAAUGUCUACAAAAUCUUCUUACACUGAAUAUUGAGGUGAUGAAAAUUUUCACUCU